AUGACUCUACUGUCUGUGCCAAUCGGCAAGUUCCAAUUAAAAGAACUUGUCUAUAUCUUGCUGGCAGUAAAUGCUUGCAUCUUCCUCUCAAAAUCCGCGGUCACUAUCUGGCGCAAAUGGCACCAGAAGAGGAAUCAAGCUGGACUCAAUAUAAGACCGUCCACACCUGAGCUGGAGAAACGACCGUCUGGUAAGGUGAAGGAGACUCGGAAACCUGGAGAAUGGGUUCCGUCUCCCUUCAAACGACCGUCUGCAACACCAUAUCCAGACUGGGAUGUGUAUAAGACGAAGCCGAUUCAAUAUCGGCCUUUCAGAUAUGGACCGAAGUACUUUAUGACGAUGGGAUUAAGGAGUAUGAAGUGGGAUGAGUGGAUAGAACUCGAUAAUCACUACCUAUGUUACCACGCGGACAAGGCGCGGAGAAUCGAGGAACGAGGCCCAAAAUGUUGCAAAACAGCACCUGAGGCGAUGGACGCAGCGAUCGAGUUGCUCGAGGAGCUGUAA